GAGCUCUCUCUCUUCUCUCUCCCCGAUUCUGUCAUCCCCUCCGACCUCUUCACCUUCUUCCGGCCAUAACUCCUUCAUCCGGCGACGGAUUUUGACGUAUAAGAUGUCGUUGGAAAGCUCUCUUCCCUCUCUUCAUUUCUAUGGUGGUUUGGUGAUUGAUUCUGGACUGUGGAAGGUGCAGCAACGAGAAGAAGAGGACGGUCACUGUAGCAGAUCGGGAUUUCCAUCGAUUUCCGGCGAUUCCGGCCGUCUCCGGCCACCAAUUUGGCGUCGAAGGGUUCUUGGAGUUUUCUGGAAAUUUUUCACCGGCCAAAUUGGAGCCCUUCAAGUGCAAUGUUGCGAGCUACGGCUAGAUGAAGGAACUCGUUUGCGUGGUCGCCCAAUAGUACUUUUGCAGGCGUUAUUAGUUGAGGUCGGGCGUACAUGGAUCGAGACAUAGUUGACGAAUAGCUUCCGCACUUCUUUGUUUGGCUCUGAUCUAUUGAGGGUUACUAUUUGGGUAGUCCACUUUAGGGGUGACUCGACCAGUUCUCGGUAGAGUUAUCUCUAAGGUGGGUCCCGCAGGGCCACCUCGGAUUUCAGGGUGAAAUCCGGGGCGGGUCCUGUCAGCUAUAGCCUGCCACCUACGUUUUAAGUUAUACCAAAUGGAUGUCAAAAGUGCCUUUCUUAAUGGUCUCCUACAAGAGGAAGUCUAUGUUGAACAGCCUCAGGGAUUCAAAGAUCCCAGCAAUACUGAUCAUGUGUAUAGGCUUAAGAAAAC